CAGCGACAGGCCGCAAUGAACGCGAGCGCCUCCUCGCUCAACGAGUCCCAGGUGGUGGCAGUGACCGCCGAGGGAGCGGCGGCGGCGGCCACAGCGGCAGGGGCGCGGGACAACGGUGAAUGGGGGCCCCCUGCAGCGGCGGCGCUGGGGGACGGCGGCGCGGCUAACGUGUCCCUGGAGCUGUCUUCUCAGCUGCCGGCCGGGCCGCCAGGGCUGCUGCUGUCGGCGGUGAAUCCUUGGGACGUGCUCCUGUGCGUGUCGGGGACGGUGAUCGCAGGAGAAAAUGCUCUGGUAGUGGCUCUAAUCGCGUCCACCCCCGCGCUGCGCACGCCUAUGUUUGUGCUGGUGGGCAGCCUGGCCACCGCCGACCUGCUGGCGGGCUGCGGUCUCAUCCUUCACUUCGUGUUCCAGUACGUGGUGCCCUCAGAAACGGUGAGCCUGCUCACGGUGGGCUUCCUGGUGGCUUCCUUCGCUGCCUCGGUCAGCAGCCUGCUGGCCAUCACGGUGGACCGCUACCUGUCUCUCUACAACGCGCUCACCUACUACUCGCGCCGGACCCUGUUGGGCGUGCACAUCCUGCUCGCCGCCACCUGGACGGUGUCCCUAGGCCUCGGGCUGCUGCCGGUGCUCGGCUGGAACUGCCUAGCAGAGCGCGCCACCUGCAGCGUGGUGCGCCCGCUGACGCGCAGCCAUGUGGCGCUGCUCUCCGCCGCGUUCUUUGCGGUCUUCGGCAUUAUGCUGCACCUGUACGUGCGCAUCUGCCAGGUGGUCUGGCGCCACGCGCACCAGAUCGCGCUGCAGCAGCACUGCCUGGCGCCGCCCCACCUGGCAGCCACCAGAAAGGGUGUGGGCACGCUGGCCGUGGUACUGGGUACUUUUGGCGCCAGUUGGCUGCCCUUCGCCAUCUAUUGCGUGGUAGGCAGCCGCGAGGACCCGGCAGUCUAUACCUACGCCACCCUGCUGCCCGCCACCUACAACUCCAUGAUCAAUCCCAUCAUCUAUGCCUUCCGCAACCAGGAGAUUCAGCGUGCCCUGUGGCUCCUGUUCUGUGGCUGUUUCCAGUCCAAAGUGCCCUUCCGUUCUAGGUCCCCCAGUGAGGUCUGAAGGCUCCCUCCCUCCGUCCUCCUGCCAACACCACACCCACAACAAGCCACCCUUCAGUGAGCUUCUCGGUGCCUGCUGAUGAACUCUGAGAUCCCCUACAUCAAACUCACAAAAGACAAAGACGCUCUUUGGCACUUUACAUAUACAGUGUAUACAUGUGUACAUAUAUAUACAAAUAUUUGUAUCUUCUGAAGGGGUUCAGGAUGUGGGCUUUCCUGUUCUGUGAAAAAAACUAACAAAAGAUGUGGUCGUGUACUCAAAUUGUACAUCACAUUUGUCAAGUGAAGACAUUAUGAUACUGCUUAAUUAUAGCACUUUAUUUUUAGCUGCUGAACUGCCAAAACAGUGUUGCCAUUUUUCAGGGGCAGGGGAAGAA